AUGCGGCUUCAACAGCCGCGGUCCCUGCCGCGCUUCACGCGGAAAGGCUUCAAGGUGGUGCCCACGGGGCCGGAACUUCAGGAGUUCCUCCUGGAGUUCUACCACAAGGCCAAGGCAGCCAGACGCCAGGAGGAGUUCAACCAUUGGGGGCAGACCCAGGUGAACGCCCACGCGGCCGGCCACUUUUUUGUGAGCCUGUUGGAGCCCGAGCACCGGGAAGCCUACCAUAAGGUCGUGGCGCAUAUGAAGCCGCGCCUGGAGAAGUGGGUUGGUGUGCCGCUGGAGUUCACUUCCCUCUAUGGCAUGCGGGAGUAUUAUGGUGGUGCCGCUCUGCGACACCACGUGGACCGCCCAGAGGUUCUGAUUGUCUCUACGACCAUCAGCGUGUACCAGGAGGGCUUCGACCACAAGAGUUGGCCUGUGGAGGUGAUCAGCUACGACGGGCGUACUUAUCGAGCAGAGCGCCUCGGCUGA